AUGGGUAAAUCUCGGGAUGAUUUUAUAAUUUUCUCACCCCUUGCCCUUUUCCUCGAACCAAUUCCAGUGUUGAGAGUUCUGAACUCCGAGAUUAAGUCUACACAAAGGCAAUGGACAAUGGACGCUGACGGAGCAGAUCGGAGUUCUAGAAGUUUCUUCGUGGCAGUUCACGUCGGCGCUGGGUUUCACUCGCCGUUGAACGAGAGAGCUCUCAGUUCCACCAUGAAUCGAGCCUGCCUCGCCGCCGCCUCUGUUCUCCAAAAGGCCUGGAUCGAGACAAUGGCCAUUGUGGAUACAGGAGGAACACAAAUAAAUUGGAAUGAAAUAAUGACGCAGCCUUAUGAAUUUGCAGUAGAAUGCCUGCAAAUAAACUAUUAUGGCGCAAAAAGAAUGAUUGAAACAUUUAUUCCCCUCCUACAGUUAUCUGAUUCGCCAAGGAUUGUAAAUGUUUCCUCCGGCAUUGGGAAGUUGAAGAAUAUGUCGAAUGAAUGGGCUAAAGGAAUAUUAAGUGAUGCUGAAAGCCUUACAGAAGAGAAAGUGGAUGAGGUACUGAAUGAGUUUCUAAAAGACUUCAAAGAGGGUUCCUUACAAGCCAAAAGUUGGCCUUCUUUUGGAUCAGCAUAUACAGUCUCAAAAGCAGCCAUGAACGCUUACACGAGGAUUCUAGCAAAGAAGUACCCUACUUUCUGCAUCAAUUGUGUCUGUCCUGGCUAUGUCAAAACAGAUAUAAACUUCAAUACUGGUAUACUAUCUGUAGAAGAAGGCGCGGCAAGUCCGGUGAGGCUAGCUCUGCUGCCUGAUGGGGGGCCUUCUGGGAUGUUCUUUGUUCGGAAUGAAGUAUCUACAUUUGAAGGAAAUUGA